AUGGCUGAUGAGGUUCCAUUUCCAGCUAGUUUUCCUUCUGAUAACAAUUUCUAUAGGACGUUUAAUGGAGGUUCCUGGACCUGUGAUGAAGAUGGUGGUAGUGGAAAACUUAAGGAAUUGAGGAAUAAUUUGAAUAUUGCAUUCAGUGCGUACAGUGAAGUUCUGAAACAGACAGAGAACAUUAGGAAAGCCUAUUGUUUCGCAUCCAAGAAAAAGGAAGAAGAUCCGUCCCAUGAUGAUACACCUUGCUGGUUUUUUUAUUAUUGGUUAGAGGAUAUAUUACCUAAGGGCGGUAAGAUGGAAGAUGUUCAAUUCCAAAGUCACAUAAAUUCCAUUUGUACAUUAAUAAAGGAUGCACAUGAAGGAAACAGAUGUAAGCUUACUUGCUCUGAGAACCUUAACAGAGAAAAUUUCAAACAAAGAAAAACAAUCCAUGAUUAUUCCUACAAUUAUAAAACCAUAGAAAAAGAUUUACUUAAAAUUGGUCCUAUUUGUCAACAACGGUGGUCAACUCACCGCAAAAAAGUUACUUCAGCCUGUAAGGCUGUAAGUGAGAAGUGCCCAGAUAGAGAAAGUGGUGGUGCUUCUUUUGAUGACCCCUAUUGUAAAGAUUUCAAAGACAAGUACAAUUUUUAUUGUGGUGCAGCACAAGCAUUAGAAUCGUACUGCACAAAAAAAGCUGACCUAGAAGUUGCACAACAGGGGAAAGCGCAGGCACAAGAACAAGCACAAUCCACAUUCACCAAAUUAAACGAAGCUGAAAGUAAAGCGAGUGCUGCUUCAUCUCUUUCUUCCACAUUCGGCACGCUAGCAGCAUUAGAAUUCCCAGCAUUGGCAUUUUUUCUAUACAAGUAUAAACCGUGGUCUUUUUGGUUUGGUAACCAUACUUCUGGAAAUGGAAGAAGCGGAAGAAACACAAGAAAGAGAAGGUCCAGCACACAUAACUUUGGUUCGUCCACAGAAGACACCUUAACAACAUAUUCCACAGAAAAUUCAACAAUAGGUCCCACAGAAAGUUCUACAAUAGAUGGAAUAGUACCUUCUACUCCAUACACAAGACAGCCUAACAAGGGACAAAGGAAUAAUGCGGGGAGUCGCGGGAUGGUAGGUUAUCAAAACUUGUAA